GUUUGGUAUAAGAAAAUUAUAUCACACCUAUAAUUAUUAUCUUAUCAAUCCUCACCAAAGUGACUAAUAAAAAGUUCCCAUUUACAAAGAGAAACCAACCAAACCCAUCUUUCAAAGGGAUUCCCUCUUUUUUCUUCCUCCCAAGUCCCAAGCUUUCCUCACCACAAUUUUAUUCUUCAAUUUCUUUCACAAUUUCUCUAAACCCGAACCCGAACCGAACCCGAACUCGUAAAAUGGCGGAUAGAGUUUACCCAACCGCCAAACCUAACCCACCACCAGCAGCCUUAAACGGCGGUUCAACCAUCCCAAACGGAAGUGCAGGUCCAGCUAAAACCGGCCAACUCUACAACCCGAACCGUCCUCGUCCGGUUUACCGUCCUCAACAAAACCGGCGUUCAAACCGGUCAUGUUCUUGUAGAAAAUGUUGUUGUCUUACCUUCAUUUACACACUAAUCGCUAUUCUCUCUCUCCUCCUUUUAGCCGCCAUUGCCGGCUGCAUUUUCUACGUUCUGUACCACCCUAAACACCCGAAGUUCUCCGUUUCCUCAAUUCGGAUCUCCAAAUUCAAUCUCUCAUCUUCCGACUCGUCCGGGUUCACUCACCUUAACUCAAGACUCGACUUCACACUCACUGCCAAAAACCCUAACAAAAAGAAAAUCACAUUCGUAAACGAUCCUACGUCGGUCAAAAUUUCCGUCGCCGGUGUCGAUGCCGGUAACGCGACUCUCCCAGCGUUCACACACGUUGCAGGAAACACGACGAUUAUGAAAGCUACUGUAAUUAGUGACAGAACUCGAAAUUUUGACUCGGAUACAGUGAGUCAACUCAGAUCAGAUCUAUCAAAAAAAAGUGGAUUCCCUGUGUCGGUAGAGCUGAAUACAAUGGUGGAAGUACAGAUUGGAAAGAUCAAAACAAAGAAAAUCGGAAUUAGGGUUACAUGUGAAGGGAUUAAAGGUUUUCAGCCUAAAAAUGCAAGUUCUAAGACACCGACUCCAGGAACGACGUCGGAUGCUAAAUGUAAGGUUGAUCUUAGAAUUAAGAUCUGGAAAUUUACUUUCUAAUUUUUUUCGGGGGUUUUGAUAAUUACUUUUUAUUGCUUGGUUAUUUACACUCUUGUAAUAUUACAAUUUUUUUAUUUUAUAUAUAUAAAAAAUUGGGGUUAAAAAGUUUGAUCUUUGUAAAUCGAGCUUGUAAGCUUUUUUCCUACCUAAAAUGUGUAGACAAAUUUGAAAGUUGUAAAAUUCAUAAAAAAUUAGAAUGAUAAUGGUAAAAUCUCUAACAAUUUGUUUGUAAUACUAAAUGGUGGUGCAUAGUGUACAUUUCCAUUAAAAGUUU